AUGAAUGUCAAAUUGACAGGAAAAUGUAGAUAAGCUAGGUCGAUUUUUGUUGACAAAGAAAUUAUACUCUUGCAUCAGUCUUUGUGUUUAGUGUCGAAGACAAUGACCACAAUAAAAAAAUUAAAAGCACUGGCACACCGCAGUUAAAUCAUUUUAUCGAUUUUAACUUAUAUUUUUUGUUUCGGUGUUUUCAACAUGAUUUUCUCUAAGAUAGCCUUAUCCAUCGUCUUUUUUCUAUUGCUUUUGUCGAUAUUUAUGGCAAGCCUUUUAAAUAUUAUAGCUACAGAUCACAACUUUUACAACGAAGAUAAGAAUGAAAGAGAAAAUUUCACAAAAUAUUUGGGAGACAAGUAUGGUCCAAUCACUGAUUCAACCAAAAAUUUAAUGUGGUUCUUACAGAUAUCUGACAUUCACAUCAGUAUAUUCCGGGACCCAGGAAGAAUAUCACAAUUUCAACAGUUCUGUGACAACACUGUAAAAACUAUUAAGCCUCUCAUUGUAUUAGCCACCGGUGAUUUAACUGACGCUAAGGCAAAAGACAAUUUGGGCAGUUCGCAGUUUAAGACCGAGUGGGUGUAUUACCACAAUAUUAUAAAAGAAUCUGGAGUGACUGAAAAGACUACCUGGUUGGAUAUUAGAGGAAAUCAUGACAAUUUCAACAUUGGAGCCAUUAAUGCUAAAGAGAACUAUUUCCGGAAUUACUCAGUCCAAGGGGCGACCUACCCGAAAUCUUAUGUUCACAUUGUGAAACAUAAUGGUAUCUCAACCGCGUUUUUGGGAAUUGACGCAUGUCCUGAUCCGGGAUUACGUAGGCCUUUCAAUUUUAUCGGCAUGUUGGAUAUCCAAGAACAGCAAAACAUACAGAAAUUGAAAUUAGAAGCAGAAAGCCAAGCAGAUCAUAUUAUAUGGUUUGGGCACUAUCCAACUUCGUGUAUAUUGUCAUUGGAAUGGGAUUCCCAGAGAAUGGACGUACGACAGCUGAUGGGAAGUGCGAGAGGAUCACAGGCUUAUGUGUGUGGACACUUGCAUUCUAUGGGUGGGUUAGUGCCGAGAAUGUACACGAAACAAAAGAAAGGUUAUUUAGAACUGGAGUUAAGCGACUGGAAGGAUAACAGGAUGUAUCGCAUCGCCGCCAUAGAUCACGGCUUAUUUUCGUUCGUUGAUGUUAAACACAGCAAUUGGCCGGCAGUCUUGGUGACGAAUCCAAAACACGCUCGAUAUGCGCUGCCAGGGAGGGAACCGCUUCACCUCAUACCGGAAUCCACACAUAUUAGAAUAUUGGCUUUUAGUGACGUUAAAAUUAAUUAUGUGAAAAUAUCCUUUGAUAAAAUAAGCUGGAUGAAAUGCAAGGAAACCGGCAGUCCUCUAUAUGUAUGCCAGUGGUUGCCUUAUUUAUUUAAAAUUGGUAUAAAUAAUCUAUACGUGGCUGCUACUGAUGAGAUAGGAAGAGAAACAUUUAUAGAGCAUCCGUUCUCCUUGGAUGGGAGUCCUAUGAAGUUUGAAAUCACUCCUAGGAUUCUAUUGAUGAUAGAUGCUGGGAAAGUGUUUCAGGCAGUUUUUGGAACUUUAUUACUCCUGAAUGUUCUGCCACUGGUGAUCCUCAGAUUGCAAAAACGACCUCCGAAAUAUAGAAGGAAAUGUGGUAGACAGAUCUUGAAACGAGUUUGGCUGUUGAGUAAAGUCGAUAGGAUAUUUUACCCUCUCGUAUUGUAUGCGAUAUAUAUACCCUUUGGUCCGUGGGCUAUAGGAGAAUUAGUAGAUGGGUCUAUAGGAGCGAUUUUCGCUUGGGGUAUAUUAAUAAAAGGGGCAUUUUUACCCGAACCCUUCACCUACAUGUAUGGUAGUGUGCAAUUAGUAUUUGUGCAGAUACCGUUAAUAUUCGUACUCGCCCAUUGUUUGGAAACAAAACUUUUAAAUCCAAAUAUGAGAGGCUUGAAGCGGCUUUUUAAGAAUUUACCAUUUAUAUUCCUGUUCUCGAUCCAGCUAUUGCUGGCAUACUUCUUUUGGUUAGAGUAUGGGACGAUAUCAUUUUUGUUCGGACCUCUAAGAACGUGGAGCGUUGUGCUAAGUUUGCUGCUUUGGUACAAAACAUUGACUUUGCCACCGGAAUACUACAGGUAUUUGUCCAAAUUGAACGAGAUGCCGUCUUAGUCACAUGGGCCGUCGAUGAUCGAUGCCCUAAAAUAUUUUUGUAUUGAACUUAUAUUAAGCAUUUAAUGUAUAUUCAAUGUACAUAAUAGUCACUUGUUAAGUCUACGCUAACGAGAGUAUUUAUCACCAAAGACAGAUAUAAAUACUUAAAAUCAUUCCUGUUUAUAAUAUUUUAAGCUUUCCAUAUUAUACAUUGAAUAAUUGUAGACAAAGUAUGGAAAUCAAAAUAUGUAUACGUAUAUAUGAUUAUUAUUUGAACAAUUUUUACACAAACUAACUAACAAUUAAUAAAAUCAAUUCUCAUAAAAACGAGAACAGCGUGAAGAGGAACGUAUAAUAAUUAUAAAUAUGACGCUAUAUUUUAUUAGUGACUAUUUAAAAGAACUUAGAAAAACUUAUUCAUUGAUGUUUGUAUUAUAAGUAACUCAUUGAAUGGUUUUUAUUUAGUUAAUUUUUUUUUAUACAAAUUUUUCUAGUCGCUGACGGUCAGAUUGUCUAUGAGACAAUGCUUAGUAAAAAUAUGCCGCUGAAUCAAUUUCGGUGUAACUUUUAUCUGAGACUUGUAAAUGUUAUUGAUGUUAGCAAAUUGAUCAUUACAAUUAUUUCAAUGCAUGCGAAAUGUUUUAGCGCUUUACAAGUAUUUUUAAAAAGUAUUAAAUGUUGUUCAUGAAUAUUUAGAUUCGACGUAUGUAUUAUCCAAUAAAGUAUUUUUCUGUGACAAA